AAUCGCAGGCUUUAGGACCCAGCAGCCGCCUCCUCCUCGUAGGCAGGCAGAGUUGGCUGGCUGAGGCGCAGACAAAGGCAAUGAGAGAGAUCGUCUCACUCUCCCGCAGCAUCCGCACACCCUCUCGGAACGCAGGGACGCCGGUUUCUCCACAACACCAAAGCUCACUUCAUAGCAUCGACCCCCCCCCGCCAUCGUUACCGACGUCCCCCUAGCCGCGGCCGCCAUGGAUCAGGACUUUGGCCACUUUGACGAGCGGGACAAGAUGUCCCGGACCACCCGGAACGCCCGAGCGAACGGGCUGCCCAGCCCCACCCACAGCGCCCACUGCAGCUUCUACCGCACGCGCACGCUGCAGGCGCUCACCAACGAGAAGAAGGCCAAGAAGGUGCGCUUCUACCGCAACGGCGACCGCUACUUCAAGGGCAUCGUGUACGCCGUGGCCACCGACCGCUUCCGCACCUUCGACGCCCUGCUGGCCGACCUGACGCGCUCGCUCUCCGACCACAUCAACCUGCCGCAGGGCGUGCGCUUCAUCUUCACCAUCGACGGGACACGCAAGAUCACCUCCAUGCAGGAGCUCGAGGAAGGAGAGAGCUAUGUCUGCGCGUCGGAGAACUUCUACAAGAAGGUCGACUACACGAAGAACGUCAACCCCAACUGGUCCGUCAACGUCAAGGCCUCGGCCACCCAGAAGGGCCUGCAGUCGCUAGCCAGCGGCAAGGGGGCCGGCGAGGCGAAGGAGAGCAAGGACUUUGUGCGGCCCAAGCUGGUGACGGUGAUGCGCAGCGGCUCCAAACCGCGCAAGGUGGUGCGAGUGCUGCUCAACAAGAAGACGGCCCACUCGUUCGAGCAGGUGCUGACCGACAUCACGGAGGCCAUCAAGCUGGAGAGCGGCGCGGUCAAGAAGAUCUACACUCUCGACGGGAAGCAGGUCACGUGUCUCCAGGAUUUCUUCGGAGAUGACGAUGUCUUCAUUGCUUGCGGCCCGGAGAAGUUCCGCUAUGCUCAAGACGACUUCUCACUGGACGAGAAUGCACACUUUCCCUCCGGGGCCAAAUCCAAGUCUGCCCAGGGUGCACAAAGCCAAGAGUAUGGAUCAGCGAAGAUGAAUCCUAAAGGAGUCGCUCAGAGGAGUUUGACCAAGAGCCCCGGACCGGCCCGGCGCACCAAGUCCCCGAUCGAAUCGACCAAUGGGACCGCGUCCAGCAGCCAGCUUUCAACCCCCAUCUCCAAGCAGUCCCCCAUCUCCACACCAACCAGCCCAGGCAGUCUUCGCAAGCACAAGGACCUAUACCUGCCCCUCUCUCUGGAUGACUCUGACUCCAUGGGGGAGUCCAUGUAGACCCCCCCUUUCUGACCCCUGAUUCCAGCUCAGCUGUGCCCCUGCAGAGGCAUCUUUGGUGCUCUCGUCUGACGGACCUCUAUCUCUCCACACUAAGACUGCCUGUCCUCCACAGCACACUGUACUUGGGAAUUGAUCCAGAACAACAAUCGCCACAUUGUUAUUUACAUCUGAGGUGUUGAGGUUUUAUCUUUGUUUCUUAGGGAGCCCUGUUUGGCUUGUGAUACAGUGAUGUAGACAUUUUUUUUUUUACAUAAACUGAUAAAUUAGUUUCCUACAUGAAAUAGUAGACUCUCCAGGAAUUUUUAAACUGAGGAUGAUUAACUGCACAUACUUUUAAGUGCAUGCGGCAUAGUCAUAAAUCUACUUAUGCGCUCACACACAUAUGCACAUACACACACACACACACACACCAUUGCCUGUUUUCAGCCAGUAAUCUGACAGUUGAAACACUCAAAUGUUUCCCACAAAGUAUUCAAAUUAUCUAAAAUUAAACUUGGUACGGCAAAUUUUGGAAAAGCGAAACUGGCUGCAAGCUCUCUAUUUACUAGUUCACGUUGCUUUGAGUUUUUUUUCUUUUUGAGAACAUGGGGAAGGGAGUGGGGGGAUCUUAGAGAAGGUUUGUUUAGUCCAUCUGCCAAUUAUGUAGCUUGCUGUUUUUAAUUGGAUUGAUUUAUAUUUCACUCACUGAAUAACAGCAAUUUAAAACGUUUUAUGAGAUUUCAUGGGUGGACCUUCAUCUCCUUAAGAGAAAAGGCUCAAAAUUUUUAAGCCAUGUGAACUUAGGUGUGUUUCAAACUCUUAACAAAGCCAUUUUAAAUUCAUAAUAACAAUGCAACCCAAUGUUUUUGUUGUUUUAUUACAAAAGCUCAAGACAAGUUUAAAUUAUUGUAUUAAAUAUUUACUCAUGUACAUGUAGAUGGUAAUUGUAAUUCAGUUAAAUUAAAUGGCCAUGCAGUCCACCUCUGGUCAGAUCUACUCUUUUUUGUUGUUAAUCUUGUAAGAAAAUUUCACACAACCUACAGUUUCUUGAUCUGACGACGAAUAUCAAGAAUAACGGUUCAGAUGAGAUGACAGGGUAUGUAUUUAUUAAGUGAUUAUCUGAAAUUUCUCAGAUGUUUGGAAAAUAUCAUUAUGAUUACACAAAAGUGAAUGCACUAUAUUUCCAUUAGAUUUAUGGAGUAGAUGUUUUAAAAUUAAGGAAUAUUUAGGAAACAUAUUUAUAACACAAAUCCAGCUGGUAUCCUAUUUAUCUUGAACCACUUUUGCUUAAAAGCUUAAAAUGAAAAUACACUGGAAUGUGAAGGGUUGAGAGAGUUAUAGUUCCAGUAUAAAUUGAUUCAUAUGAGUGAAAACAGGUUGGCUGAAAGAAUGAUUCUUGUUUUUCUGCUAUUCCUAUCAAUGGCAAUUAUCUAAUAAUAUCAACAAGCUAAGCCUGUCAACGAGUCAUUAAACUAUUCCUAAAGAACCCUUUGAAAUAUACCCUGUACUGUACUUUCCAACAGCUAGUCUAUAUGGUAGAAAUCAUCACGUGAAGAAAAUGAGUUAUAAAGUUUUCAACUGUGUCUCAGAAAACCCUCUGCUUAUUUUCUUUGUCUUAUUUAUUUGACCUCUCAGCAUUUCUUACAAUAUUUCAUUGUUAAGUGUCCACCAUCACCGCAGAAUGGAAAAGGAAAUUCUCUCACCUCCGCUGGUGUUUUUAAAAAAAAUCUUUUGAUAGAAUAAAUGGAAUUACUUUCAUUUCAUUUGUUCUUGAGAUUACAGGAAAUCACAGUAGUGGGUCGCUGUUCUUCUUUAUCUUUUUAUGUUGAGCCAAUGCAUUCCUGGUUGAAUUACAGGGAAACUUCACCUCAGCCCUCUUCUUUGCUCUGUCACAGUGGUUUGUUCAGUGCUUUGUAAUGUUCAUCCAAUGUACCGCUCUUGUUAUUUCAGUGAAGUCUGCUGCGUUGCUCUGUAUGUACUUGUGUUGUUAAAUAAUUGAUCUCAUGUUGCAUUCGUCACAGGUGUGCUUUUUCCUCAUUCUCAAGUCACCUGACCAUGUUUGCAUGUCGCACCCAUUCCCAUAAAAUAGUGCUCUAUCCCUGUAUCUUCCCCCAUAUUCCAUAUUCCAUAUUGCUCUUUGUCAUGAAAGACAUGCUGGGAUUCACCAAGUGCAUUUCAGUUACAGAAGACAAUCAAAUGCAGAUACUGACGAAACAAUGAAACACCUGAAAUUGCAAUUCUGAUCAUGAAAUAUUUAUUCUCAUCACCUCUUCACGUCUCUAUGCCAGCACCACAUCAGCAUUUUGAUCUUCUUCAACAUCAAAAACCAAUCCAUAUUCUCAAUGAUGAGGAAUGGGGAUUUUCGUGCGGCGGUGAUAUAUAUCGAUCUUCUUAUUAACUGGUAUUAUAUGUCAAAGAUGGGUGUGUCAUAGGUUAAGGUGUGGAGAUGGGGAUGAAACUAUCACCCCUGAGCACAUGUCUGUUCCUCUAUUGUUAUUACGGUGUGACUAUCAGAGAUUACUACAGUAUGACUAUGAGAAGUUACUACAGUAUGACUAUGAGAAGUUUCUGCGGUGUGACUGUCAGACAUAAUAUCUAAUAAUUCAUUUGCUAGUUUCAUUUGGCAAAGACUAUGUUUACCUCUAUUUGUGGAAACCUGUAAGUUGACAGUCCCAUCACAUUGACAGUAUGCAAUUGUAAUUGUUCUUUAUCCCAGAGCAUGCAGUUAUGUGGUAAUCAUAUCCUGACUAUAAAAUCCAGAGGGAGAACCACAGUGAAGACCACAACCCAUUUCAUGGGAAAAUACUUUUCGUGUGCCAAAUGCAUUUUAAUGCAGUCCCUCAUUGAGUGCCUGUAGUUGCUGUAGAUUCAGCAGACUGGGCUCAUACAAUUGCACAAACACACACGCACACACACACACACACACACACACGCACGCACAAACACAUUUGCACACACACACACACACACACACACACACACACACACCGCAGCCUGUUCUUUAUCCUAUUUCAGAUGACUGUCAUUAGUGUCGUAUGUGUUUUAAGAAGUUAGACUUUGGUAGAAAUGUGCUGUGUUUGAAGUCUCUCUGUUUAUGACCCGGUCAAGAUGCAAGCUGAUGUUCCCCUGGUUUGCCUGUCAGAGAAGGACCUAGAAAACCAUUCACUUUCACAGCACACUUCAAACAAGGAAUAUGAAAGAGGGAACAUGGUCUUAAAACAGAGAUUAACUGUAAUUUGGCUAAUUUCAUAAUCUCGCCUAACACAUCACAUAUUGAUAAAUGUCUUCAUUGUUUUCAUUCUGUGUGUGGUGUUGUCAUAUCUAUGACAUGUCAGGCAUAUGUAAAAAUGACAUGUUACAGUAUAUGCAGGUACAAAGGACUACUACUGUAAAUACAUGGGUGUCCUAUGGGGUAACUCACCCUUCUUAUUGAUCAUGUGCUGAAAUACCUCUCGUUCUGUUGGGGUUAUAUUUUGAUUUAUUUAAAAGUUAAACCCAGAAUUGAGAAUCAUAGCUUCAUUUAUCUGUACAUGAAAAGUCCUGCAUGCAUUUCCUCUGAGUAUUUAAGAACAGCAUUAACAUUCAACAUUGAUUGCUGAAUGUGACUGUAUCCAAAAUUAAAGCCAUUUUCAUUGCAUUUUAAUUUUUACCUUUUAAAGAAGUACACAGCGUAGACAAGUCCCUUAUUGUAAGUUCAAUCUCAUUGGUACAGUAUGAUUACUUUUAAGAGUCCAGCCCUUACAUUUAGCCACUGAAAGGUACACUGCAAAAAAGCAUUAAUGCUGUAUUUCUUUUGAGACCAAUCUUAUCGGACACCCUGUGUAUAGCAAUUUCUCUAAAUGGUGAGCAUACUUUUUAAACAGCAUUUCCUUGCCAAUUUUGUGGAUGUUUUUAUAUCACAUUUAUUGAAUGUUUAUAUCAAAAUAUCAUAGAUUGUCAUCUGCAAAAGUCACAGUUUUUGCAUUUCUGUGACGACAGGUACAAUCUUUUGUUUUUGAAUGGUCUCCAUAACUGGAGCUUGUAAUUAUUUUUUGAUUUCAGAACUGGAAAUGUAUAUCCUUUCCUAUUCUCUGUAGGGGGAAGUUUUUUAUUAGCUAUUUUUCAAAUUGCCAUUGUGCCAGUCUAUUUGUACAUACAUUUUUAUGAUUGCCUUUUACCAUUCUUGAUUUUAAGUGUUCGUUUAUAUGCUUUUCAAAUAAGAGAUAACAAUUCUGUUUCAACUGGAUAUAUGGUAAUAAAAAAACCAACAGUUUUACAAUUAAUUACAGUAUGAAAUAUAUUUGUCAAUAAUUAUUCCAGUCUUAUUAAUACUUUUUAAUUCAUCAGUUAUUACUUGAUUGAUACCAGUGAACAGACGCACAUUUAAAGUGUAACCCUCCUUUUAAAAGUAACCACUGGAUUCUGGUGUGUAGUCAUAGCAAUUAGUCAAGACAUAGGUGGCAUGUCAAUUCGUAAGGUUAUUGCUUGCAGUUUUAUUUUUUCUUGGAAAAAAAAAUAGGAAUAAAAAAAGCAUGGUGUUUAUAUAUUAUGGGUGCAUGCUCACAGUGUGCUAGGAUAGCUGGUCACUGUAGAACCCACAUAGGAGAGGAUGAAUUAGGUUUGAUUCCACAGAAAAUGUAAUGGCUUUGUUUAAUGCACAACGGGGAUAGGCUCUGUAAAUGACUAGAUGUGAAAAAUACACUUUUUUUGUAUUGAGAUUUCUUAUGGAUUAUUUUAUUUUCAAUGUGAUACCACUGACUUGUUUUAAGCACAGAAAGGAUCUCAGCAUGAUUCAUCUUUUAACCUUGUAAAAAAAAAAAAAAAAGGUCAUACAUUGGGGUCCUGUCCAUAGUAUCGUCAUAAAAUGUGAAAGAAUAGAAUUGUGAACCCAUCGAUAUUUUCCCUUUCCUACGAUCUAUGAAUCCGACCUACUGAUCUGUACAGUCUGUCAUUCAAAUUUGCAUUCUUUGCUAUGUACAUUACCAGUGUGCUGUACCAUCCACACCAAUAAAUUUGAUUACAAAAUA